GAAAAUUCUCUUCCGUCCCACUGAGCGUGACUACAUCCGGAGUGCUGCUGUUUAUAUAGUUCUGUUUCCGACCCAGCGGUGUUUGGUUCUGAUCCUGCAGCAGCAUGGCUCAGGCUCGGGUAACAGAUUAUUUCUCCCAGCGGAAGAACGGAGUCCGCGGUGCAGCGAAGCCCGUCGGGAAGCAGCGCCCCGCGGCGCGGUUCUCCUCUCCGGUGCACGAGGAGUUUGUCCGGGUCAUCGAUGAAGCAGCCGGGCUGAGUAAAACCGAGGAGUCCGUCUCUACCAAACGAGACCAGAAGGAGCCAUCCAGGCCUCGGACCCCCAAGAGGAACUCGGCCGACGCAGAGUUUGAUCUCGGGGCUGCUGUGUUUUCAGUGACCGCAGAGCAUUCCUCGGUCAAAAAGAGACGGCAAGCAGGAGGGGUCAUAGCGGCCGAGUCCAACGAGAAAACAACAACAACCAGGAGGAGGACAGCUAGGAAGAAGCUGGUCCUACCUGAGGAGAAGCCCCAGCAGGUUCUGGGUCAGGAGGACCUCACUGCAUUGAAGUCCCGCCUUCAGACGAUCAGGAAACGGGCCGAGGACGCCCACAGCCCUGUGUCUUCAGCUCCACACUCCUCCUCUUCAUCAUCUCCAACCACCUCCAUCAAUGCGGCUCCAUCCGGUCCCAGCACGGAGCUGCAGGCCCUGCGGUUCUCCAUGGCCCGGGCCAAAGAGCUGGCAGCUAAAGCCCAGAGGAGGAAGGAGGAGAGAGGAGCAGAAGAGGCCAAGCCGACCGAGACCCAAACUCCUGAAGGAACCGGGCUACCAGGGUACCAGCGGUACCACACCCUCGCACAGGCCGUGCCCCCUGGCCUGACCCUGCCUUACCACUACAAGACACUGGCCGAGAUGUUCCGGAACAUGGACACGGUGGUCGCCAUGUUGUACAACCGCUCUGAGACGGCCACCUUCACCAAAAUCAAGCAGGGCGUUCAGGACAUGAUGCACAAGAGGUUUGAGGAGAGCCACGUGGGUCAGAUAAAGACUGUGUUCCCUGAAGCGUACGAAUUCAAGCAGGAGAAGAACGUUCCCACUUUCAACAGCAACAUCUCUAAGGGGAGCUACCAGCUGACGGUGGAACCGCUCCUCCGCUCCGACCAAAACGAAGCGCGGCCCGCACUAUCCGCCGCCCGUCUCCUGGAGAGAAGGCAGAUCUUUCAUCAGAACCUGGUCUCCAUCGUCAAACAGCAUCACAGGGCCUUCCUGUCCUCUCUGGUUCCGGCUGUCUCAGUUCCAGAGGACAAACUGACCCGCUGGCACCCUCGCUUUAACGUAGACUCCGUCGCCGCCAUCACGGCCAGCUCCCUGCCUCAGGCUCCUCGCUCAGAGAAGGUGUCGACGGCUCAGGAGGUUCUGGAAAAGGCCCGAUCCCUCAUCACCCCUAAGAUGGAGAAGGCUCUGGUUUCUGUGGCCCGAAAAGCAGAAGAAAAGAAUGGAGAAGGUACCAAACCGGGCUGCACCCAGAACCCAACGGUUCCAGCAACACCAGCCUCUGCUGCAGCCCAGGUCCCGUCUGCCCUGAAGGGGGUGUCCCAGAGCCUGCUGGACCGGAUUCGGGCGAAAGAGGUCCAGAAGCUGCAGGCGGCUAUGACCCGGAACCCGGCGCAGGAGGAGCGGCUGCUGAUGAUGUCACGGCUCGGGGAGCUGGCCCGCAUCCUUCGAAACGUCUUUGUUUCAGAGAAGAAAGCGGCGCUGACCAUGGAGGUGGCGUGUAACCGCAUGGUGGCCAGCUACAGGUCGGCUCUGAGUCCAGGAGACAUGGAGAAACAUGUCCGUCUGCUGGCAGAGGUGGCUCCUGAUUGGCUGAGCGUUCAUCUGGUCAGGAAGGACUUCUACCUGAAACUGAACAAAAGCGAGGAGCUCAGCAUCGUUCUGGACAAACUCAACCGCAGACUGAAAGAGGAGGAGAAGCUCUGACACCUUCCCUCCAUGUUCAGAGCGGACACGAGGAGAGGAUGAACGUCUGGUCCUCCGGUUCUGUGUUGGAAAAGAUUUUUAACCAGAUUUUGGCGUUUUUUCUCAACUGAAGGAGUCAUGUUUUGCUGACUGUUUUCCACUGACUGCGCUCUGAGGGACUUCCUCUCGCCUGAUUGGUUCAGAUGAUGCGGCACCACAGCCUGUGGAAACUUCUCAAGACUAAAAACAAUUGUUAGAUUAGUCUGUAAUGUUUUUGCAAAUGUUAAACCAAUAUUUUUAAGGUUUACUAUUUUUUUCAGAUUUUAUUUUCCAAUUUUUUUUCUGCAUAUUUUUAACUUUUUUCUUUUUUUUCUCUAAACUUUUUCCAGAUUGUAAGAUUCUGGGUUGUCUGUGUGCGGACCAAUAGAAAUGCUGUUGCUAACAGCGACGCAGAGCAGACUCAUUUCUAAUGGUUCAUGCAAAGACCAACCACAAGUGUAGAGAAGGAAAUCUGUACGGAUUUAAAAAGAAUAAAAUUGGCAAAACGCAAAAAAA